AAGAACUUUUUGCUCAUCUGCGCACUUCACUCCUGACUCUUUUAGGUUUGGCAGCUAUAAUUCUGCCUCUUUCCCUGCCUCAUUUUCCACUGGCUCUAGUAUUACUAAGUAUACAAGCUGGAAAUCACUGCGGUUGACCUAAUUGCUUCACAUAGUGGGAAGUGAUAUUUAGCGGUGAGAAGUGGGGAACAGAUCAAUCCCAGUGACCUUCUUGCUGUCGGCUCCAGAGGCACGUGGACCUUCUGCUAACUUUUAUACUCCAGUGGAGCAUAAGUCAUCUACAAAUGUUCUCUGACAGUCUCGGUGUUGGGCUGAGCGUCUGUCCUGGAGAGUCCCCGACGCCUCCCUGCCACCCCAAAGCCUCAUGAAGACAGACCGGGAAGCAGAUCUCCUAGAAGAGGAAAGUCAGCAGGAAAAUGACCCGGCGACGAACACGCAGUACAGCUCCAUCUCCCCCCCGGCCUCACCGGUGCUGGAUGACGGGCCCUUCUCCACGUACUUCGAGGAGAAGGUCCCCAUCCCAGAGGACAUCAGCCAGUUUGGCUUCAGUUUCCGGAAACUCUGGGCAUUCACCGGACCCGGCUUCCUGAUGAGCAUCGCCUACCUGGACCCAGGGAACAUCGAGUCGGACCUGCAGUCCGGUGCAAAAGCAGGGUUCAAGCUGCUCUGGGUGCUCCUGGGGGCCACCAUCAUCGGCCUCCUGCUGCAGAGACUGGCUGCACGCCUGGGGGUUGUCACUGGCAUGCACCUGGCUGAGGUCUGCAACCGCCAGUACCCCACGAUUCCUCGUAUCAUCCUGUGGCUGAUGGUGGAGAUGGCCAUUAUCGGCUCCGACAUGCAGGAGGUCAUUGGCUGUGCCAUCGCCUUCAACCUUCUCUCCGUGGGCAGGAUUCCACUGUGGGCAGGCGUUCUGAUCACCAUCUUCGACACCUUUGUCUUCCUCUUCCUGGACAAGUAUGGUCUAAGGAAAUUGGAAGCCUUUUUUGGGUUUCUCAUCACUGUCAUGGCUAUCAGCUUUGGAUAUGAGUAUGUGCUGGUACGACCGGACCAGGGGGAGCUGCUGAAGGGCAUGUUUGUGCCGUACUGCGCCGGCUGUGGUACCAAACAGCUGGAGCAGGCUGUGGGCAUUGUGGGUGCUGUCAUCAUGCCACACAACAUCUAUCUGCACUCUGCCCUCGUCAAGUCUCGGCAGAUCGACCGCAACAAUAAGAAGGAGGUGAAGGAGGCCAAUAAGUACUAUUUCAUCGAGUCGUCCAUCGCUCUCUUUGUCUCCUUCCUCAUCAACGUCUUUGUGGUGGCUGUCUUUGCCGAAGCCUUCUAUGACAAGAGCAACCUUGAAGUGAAUCAAGAGUGCAAUAAGACAGGCAGUCCCCACACUGACCUCUUCCCCCUGGAAAACACCACUCUGGAAGUGGAUAUCUACAAAGGGGGAGUGGUGCUGGGUUGCUACUUCGGCCCUGCGGCCCUCUACAUCUGGGCGGUGGGGAUCCUGGCGGCGGGACAGAGCUCCACGAUGACUGGAACCUACUCCGGACAGUUUGUAAUGGAGGGCUUCCUGAACCUGCGCUGGUCGCGUUUCGCCAGAGUGCUGCUGACGCGCUCCAUCGCCAUCACCCCCACGCUGCUGGUGGCCGUCUUCCAGGACGUGCAGCAUCUGACGGGCAUGAAUGACUUCCUCAACGUGCUGCAGAGCAUGCAGCUGCCAUUCGCCCUGAUCCCCAUCCUCACCUUCACCAGCCUCACCUCCAUCAUGAACGAUUUUGCGAACGGACUGUUCUGGAAGAUUGGGGGCGGCGUGUUGAUCCUGGUGGUCUGUGCCAUCAACAUGUACUUUGUGGUGGUCUACGUGACCACCCUGAACAGUGUGUUGCUCUACGUGCUGGCUGCGGUCCUGUCCUUCGCCUACCUCUCCUUUGUGGGUUACCUGGCCUGGCAGUGUCUGGUUGCCCUGGGAGUGUCAUGUCUGGAUGUUGGCAGCAGGAUACGCCUAGGUCUGACCGGUCACACGGACAUUUACCUGCUGAACGACAUGGACAAUGAUGUGUGUGGAGAGGUGAAUGGGAUGGGGAUAGCCAGGCAGUAGAGGUGGAGACAAGCCCCCCCCCCACACACACCACCCCACCCAAGUGCAGGCAUCGGAUCGGAUUUUGGAGGGAGCUGGUUUGUUCCCUACUUGCCUUACCUGUUUAAAGUACGUGAUCUUCUGCACGAGAAACAGUCGUCUCAACCUCUUCUUCACAUUCCUUCUGGCAGUGUUAGCUUUUAUUUGUCAGCACACAACAACGUAUCUCUUUAUUUCAAGGGAUAUGGCUGGCAGCUUUACACAUAAUUUUCAGUUGAAACUCUGUAACAGGCUACAAGGCGUUGAAACGUUUGUGGCACUAAAGUUUUGGAAUAGGGGUUACAGUGCAUGCCACACUGAAAGCUGAUCUUGGAAAUCAAGGCAUGGAACCAUUUUGUGUAUUCUUUUUUUUAAGUUUACAGAUAUCUGUUCAUCUUCACUUUGCUAUGUCUAUUGGGGUGGAUUAUUUCUUUCUGGAUUAUUCUGUUUUUCAUAAACUUUUUGCAGUUAAUAGUUUAAGAAAUUAAGUUCUGAAGAGUUUGCAAAUCCUCCAUAAAUACACCGAAUGUGCAAACUAUUUUGCUUCUAAAUAGAACAAAGUCUUGAUUGCUUUUCAAUGUAUACCCAUAUUGGAUGCAAUUUAAUCUGAUUUGUGGCUAUACAUGGUGAUGUUUGGGCAUUCAGCUAUGGCAGAUGGGAUGGGCAUAUCCACCAAAUAUGCCCCCCUCCCACAUACAGUGCUGUGAGUAUUUGCCCCCUUCCUGAUUUCCUCAAUUUUUUCCAUAUUUUUCACACAAAAUGGUUUCAGAUCUUAAUUUCUUUAAUGAAAAAUGUUAUCAAACACCCAAAUCACCCCUGUGAAAAAGUAAUUGUCUCCUUAAUCUUACUGGUUGCACCACCUUCAGCAGCAAUAAUUGCAAUCAGCACUUCCUAUAAUUUGGUAUGAAGUCUUUUUCAUUAAAUCAAUGAAACAAUAAUGUAAGAAUGGUGUUUUGGGUUUACUCAGAUUCCCUUUGUCUAAAGAUGAACAUGUAAUAAUAGAAUAAAUCAGAAAUACUUUUUCAUGGCACUGUAGCUAACCCAAUGAGUGCUGCGUAGGUGCCAUGACGAUGGAAUAGAUGGAAAGUUGGGAAGCCUGUGUUUGUUGCCACUGGGUGGCAUUUUUGUUUAUAUUUGAAAGAUUUCCUUUAUUGUAUGCCCAAAUGCAUCACGCUUAUAUUGUUUUAUGCCACAGUACUCGGUUGCCUAGCAAACACCCCCUUGUCUGAAAAGACUUUUUACUUAUUGCCCUUCUGGACAUGAGGCCAGUUUUUAAGUUAUUCAUUCACAUUUUUUUAUUUUAAAUACAUUUAUAUACAUUAUUACUACAUACAAGUACUACAAAUGUAGCACAGUGUAGGCUGUUACAGCAGUACAAGGAAUUUAGUUUUUUUAAUUUUAUCUGUUGAGCCUGUUUAAAGGGUGUUUUUGAGGGUGGAAAAUAAUAUAAAAAUGUGGAUCUGUGUUUUUAUCUUGAAUACCUUUUACCUAAUUGGCUAUCUGCACACAACUGUGUACAUAACACAUUAGAGGAAUGAAAACCAUACCAGUCUAUGCUAAUGUAAAUAUCAUGAACAAGGCCAAUAAUGUCUGAUAAACUCUGCUUUCAGAUUACUUGCUGUACAGUAUGUUCUUCCUGCUGGUUGCAGUUUGAAAUAAAUGAGCUUAAAACUGAUACUAUACAGUAUGUAUUCUGCAGUUGUUUUUAUUCCUUUAUUGUGCUGUGUACACUAUUGUGCGUUGAUGAAUUUUUAAAAAUAUAUAUUUUUUUACCAACUUAUGUCAUACUGUUUGAUAAUACGUAAAACAAAGAGUCAUUUUAAACAAAAAUUACGUAUUGCACUUUACCUCAUAUUUAUCCUCCAGAGGGCUUUUCAACCUGCACUGUCAAGUUGUCCUUAACUCUGAGCCAAGACUGACCCAGGGGUUUUUUUUUUUAUUAUCCAGAGCUAAGUUUUAGACCAGGAGGGUAUCUUAUGAAGCAGGAUUACCAAGUUAGCUGGAUAAGUUCACAGAGUAAAACCUGGAACAGCCCUGUUUACUUUACACUGUGAUUUCGUCCCGCUAACUCUUGGGCUCCAGAUUCACACUAGUAAUCUUUGUCCUUUGGACAAACCCAGUUGGUGACUCGGCUCAUCAUAUAAAGUCAAAACAGCAUGAUUGGACAAUAAACAUUCCACAAGUAUCCUACAGUUGACACAGUCUAUUUUCACACUGUCUAUUUUUGCAACAGAUUUUUGUGAUUUCUGGGGUUAGCCCCAAAAAGUUGGUAUUAACCAUUCUCAGGAGCAGAGUCGGCGUAGCCCAGGGCCAAGGCUGGUGCUGUCCUACUGUAGAAUAAGCAGUUGUAAAACCUUGCUUAGCCCUGACCUAAGAACUUCCUCAGCAGAGAGCUACGCUGCCGGUUGAAAAGCCCUUUAGAUGAGCAUGAUCAAAUGAAGCACUUACAGGUUUCCUUCCUGUAUUGUAAAUAAACAGAAUAUGAGUUGUCGUAAUCACAAGUGCACUGCAAUGUAAUUAAACUUCUAAAUGCAAAUAAUACUGGCCAGCAAUCUGGUCUUAAUUUAUUCCGUUUUAAGUGUUGUACAAAAGUAUGGCAAAUGUGGGAUUCAAAAUUCUCUGGAAAGCCCCGGUGGAAAUACGCAAUAUGACUAUGAAUACUAAGUUUGUAAAGCCACAUAUUAUCAGGUAUGAUAGUAAGGGACUAAAGAAAAAUUAGUAGUUGAAAGGUGUCAUGAUUUUCAGAAUGCCUUUAUUAUUUGUACAUUGUUGUGUUCACUGUGUACAGGAGGCUUAAGCACACAGAGCCAAAGAGGCAUGUCUCUGGUUUAUACUUUUACAGUUACCAAAAAGUUGUAUAUGCCAAAUAAACUGUGUUAAAUAAAAAAAUUAAAAUACCA